GCGAUUAAUUUGAAACGUGCGGUUUUGUGGCUCUGUAGUAUUGCGUUUCGACCUAAUGAGUGAGGUUCGAAGGAGGAAGCCGGAGACCUUAAAAGAUAGCAAUUCGUCGGCUCAACAGUGUUUAAAAUAUGCACAUAGCAAACACUCGGAAGUCCCUAUUUCAGAUAAAUGCACUGACCGUCCAUACAGCCUGUUAUGGUUGUUCCCUGUGACAGCUGUUUUCCUAGCUUGCUUCAUUAUUUGCGACGACAAUAGUGAUUGUUGGCCUUGUUCUGACUCUUCAUGCAGUUCUUUUAAGGUGAUAUCUGCUAGAUCACACCUUAUCAAGGUCACCAACUUCGGUCCCCGAACUGCCGGGUCCUUGGCUAAUGAAGUUGCUGCUGCUGGCUAUCUUCGGAAUGAAUUAAGGUUAAUUGCAUCUGUUUCUAACAAAACGGGGUUGGUCGUUUCUCUAGACGAACAUAAGUCUGGUUACUCGAGUUUCCGGGCGUUUUCUCAUGUUUCUUCAUACAAUAAUGUUCGGAACUUUGCUCUUCGUUUUCAUGAUCUGCGUGCCGAAGGUGGUAACCAUAGCAAACUAGCAUUUCUCAUUAACUGUCAUUACGAUACAGCCCCUGGGAGUCCUGGUGCUAGUGAUGCGUUUGUUAAUUGCGCUGUCAUGUUAGAAGUUUGUCGUAUAUUGGCGACGGGUUCGUUUAUUCUUUUUAAUGACCUUAUAUUUCUUUUCAAUGGGGCUGAGGAAAGCCUGUUGCUUAGCAGCCAUGCUUUUAUAACGCAACACAAGUGGGCCACUGAUGUCGUCGCUUUUAUGAAUUUAGAAGGAGCAGGUGCUGCUAAACGUUUAAUGCUUUUUCAAACUGGUCCUGGUCCGUCAUCAGAUGUCUUACUUGAAACUUAUGCAAGUGCUUUCAAACAACCAUUUGCCAGUGUUUUGGGAGAAGAUGUGUUCCAGUUCGGACUAGUGCCGUCGGACACAGAUUACAGAAUAUUUCGUGACUAUGGGCUUGUCCCAGGGUUAGAUCUUGCGUAUAUACAAGACGGGUACGUUUACCACACUCCUUAUGAUACAGAGUCUCGUAUUUCGGAUCGUUGUCUUCAACUGUCUGGGUACAAUAUAUUGAGUUUUGUCCAGUUGAUUGCCAAAGAUGAAAGAAUACAACGUUUCACCAAACUGACUCCGAUAAAUCAUACAUCAGAAACAUUGACGCGUGUUUCAGGCUCAGGUUCACCGUCGGAUAUAAACAGUGUCCCUCCACUGGUCACUAGAUCGGCAACUCUUCGACACGUUUAUUUUGAUCUGUAUGGCGCCUUUGUGAUAAUUGUUCCAUGGGGGGUCUGGAAAACUGUCAACCAUCUAUUGUGUUUAUUUCUGUGCUUCCUGAUAUUUAGAGCUAGACGACUUGUCUACGUCCGGUGGUAUGGAUUCGUUGCUGCUUUGUUGGUGCAAGUAGUUACCACAUUACUAGGCUUCGCCUUUUCAGUCGUACUUGGACUUAUGUAUCACCAUUACGGUUGCAGAAUGGUUUGGUAUUCAAAUCACUAUAAUAUUGUGGGUAUGUUUAUUCUACCAGUAGUCUGGUGGUUUGUAUGGUCGCAGGCUUACUUACUCAAAAUACCCGAAGGUUCUGUAUUUAAGUUUCUUGGGAUUUCUAAUUACUUUUCAAGGAUAUGGCAGCAUAAUACUUUAGAUUACUUCUAUUCUUUAGAAACCGACUUUUUUGAUUCUAGUGUAUUUUUAAUAGCACUUCCAUCAUUUUUGUUGUCUUUAAUUAAUGCUCCUUCAUCAUAUGUUUAUACAUUCUGGGUUGCGUUUGGGCUUAUAUUUAAGAUGUCUGAUAUUCGAAAUGCUUCACCAAUCAAACUAAAAUUUUGUCAGACCGUCCGUUUUGUUUCAUUCUUAGCCGUUACUUCAAUGCAUACAUAUAACCUUAAUUUAUUUCUUAACUUUAUGAUACCGAUUAUGGGACGUUCGGGUCAUGCUAUCAAACCAGAUUUAUUCCUUUCUUGUUGUAUAUUUAUCAUCAUGCUACCUGUGAUGCUUCCAUCCCUAGGACGGCUACAAUGCACCUCGAGAACUGGAAGUAAAUAUUUUUUCUUGAUGUUGCUAAAUGCUUGCUUGUCGUAUGCAAUCCUCAUUCAUGCAUCAAAUUAUGGAUUCCCGUAUAGUAUCCAGCCAUCUCCAAAUUUUUCAAACCCUCUUGUCAGUCCAAGGUAUCAACGACUGGUUGUUUUUCAUACCAACAGAUUUCUUCGGCAUAUUCCGGAUUCUCCUGAGAUCACAGAGAGAGAGAGUCAUAUCCUAAUUGUCCCCAUUGAUGCGAAUGGUUAUUUAUGAAUUCAAAAGAGCAUACUCAAUCAAACUUCAAAGGUAUCAAAGAACUUGUUGAAGCAGAACCCACGGGAUGCAAUUACAGUCAACCUUAUUGUGAUAUUUUUAUCGUGUUCCUGCUGAAUUUCACAAUAUAGAACCAACUGUGAAGCUAAAGUUACUGUCACGCACAUUGUUAAUGGAUUACUUACCAAAUAGUCGCUUGAGUUGGAACGUUACAUUUUCCGUAGUUUCCGGUCCUCCUCAUACUCAUAUAUUAAUUCGUACAGAUGGGAACUAUACUAAGUUAACUGCAUGGUCGUUUGCAUCAACUGCAAUGUAUCCUUCAUCUAUGCCACUCCCUCGUCCAUUAAUUAGCGAUAUUUCAAGCAACAAAGGUGAACAUUAUUUUCUAUACCAUUUGAAUGCAGCAGCAUUUGGUGAACAUGGGACCUUAUGGGAAACACCGUGGACAUUUUGGGUUGUUUUCGAAGCCCAAGAAGUACUACCACAAUCAAGUUAUAUUGAUGUAGCUGUUGCUGGCCUGUAUGCUGAUGAAGAUAUCUCUACUCGCUCUCCUCCACUCUCAGAAUUUUUGUCAAGCUUACCACCUUGGGUUACUGUCAUUCGGGGUUGUGCUGUUUAUGAUCAUUGGCGUUUUCAGCUGAACUAGUAUGAGUUGGGUAAAAAUCUAACUAUUUUAUUUACUGUGAUUUACGUUAUGUACAAACUCCAGAUGUACUACAUGGUACGGAAUGAUUAUUUCUACUUUCUAAACAGUUUGAACUACCUAACUUAUUUCUGUACUUCUUUAGUUCACAAAUAUACUAGUUAAAACCUUACUGAACUUUUCACUUCUCCUUUAGAGGGAAAAUUUGUUAACCACUUUAUUUUCCUUUAGGUUUCAAGAUGCCUCACACAAUAUUACUUGUACAGCCUUCUGUAAAAAAACCAGAUACUCGCACAUGGUCUGAUUAUGAAACUGUAGAACAAUGUUUGGAGGGUGUAUGCAAGAUAUAUGAAGAGCAGCUAAAACGUGAAAAACCUAAUGCUCCUACCAUCACUUAUGAUAUAUCCCAACUUUUCCAGUUCAUCGACCAGCUGGCUGACCUAAGUUGUUUAGUUUUUCAUGAACCUACAUACACAUAUGUUCCACAUCAUAAAAACUGGAUCAAAGAACAAGUUUAUGUACUCCUAAGAAACCAAGCUGGCCAGUAAUUAACAAUUAAUGGACGUCUGUGCAACAAUUUUUGCUUGCAUUGUAACAUCUAACUGAAAUACAUGUUUUAGCUGCCCAUUUUUGUUUUUUCUGGGGCUUGUGAUUGUUAGUGGUAAAAUUAACUAUUCAUUCUAAUUUUUAGUACGACUUAUUUAGAAUACUGAUUCAUUUUACUGUUAGGAGUUAGUGUUAGGCUCCACUACAUUCUGCGUGCUUGAAUUGAACCAUAAACCGUAAACGUAGCUUGACUGUUUAGUUGUUAGCAUUCUUUUCUGAUUGAAAUUGUCUGGAAAUUUUCUAAGAUACUGACAAUGUUUAUUUGAGAAUUUGACAUAUCAAAUUCUUACAACUGUCGCAUUUUCUCGGUUUCAGCUUACUAGUUGUCGUUUGCUUUGUUCGUUUUUUUCUUCACUGCUCAAGUUGUUGCAGUAUAUCUGCUGAUCUCUGUCUAUAACUUGACGAAAGUUUUCAAAUCUAAGUUAGAUUGCGUGGCUCAAAAUCGUUUGUGUUGGUAUGGAUGCACCCACUCUUUAUCUUGCCUCAGAUUCUAAGCUUCUGAAUUCUUCGUAAUUUUCUUUGUUUCAAUAAUCUACAAUUUCUUGAAUCUUAUUUUCGAUGCCUAAACUUUUGUAUUGUCAUUUAGACUGACUGUCUUUAGUCUUCUAGCGUAUCAUCUGAAUGCCUAAAACAGUUAAAAUCAAAACAGGAGACUAUAGUUUCUAAGGAAUGACAUCGAUUUUGUUGUAUAAAGUAAAUUCUCAUCAACAAUAACGAAAGGAUAUCUGCUUGGUUUCUUUCAAACGACACCACUUGUUUGCCAGACAAGAUCGAGGAUACUGCGCAGAAGUUUUUUAUAUAUUGCUUUGCGAUUACAUAGUACGCCCUUUGUAAGAAUGUUUGUAAACUGCUCUUUUAUCCUACUGGUCUGGAAAAGAUUGCCUAGGCACAAAACCACCGAAUAAGCAAUGUUAGGCAUAUGAACAGUUAAGGGUAGUGAACCUCUUGUUUAGACUGCUAGCCACGAUUUACUGCUCAUUCCCAGACAUCUGUUACCUCAGCGCGCUAUUUUCGCUAUUAUAAUAGUGUUUUGAAGAUAGACUGGGAGUGGCUAGCCCAAGUUAUGAUAUUAAUGUAUGUAGUCAGUGGCUGUUAAUUUUGGCUCUUUAUACUGGCAUAGAUGUUGUCGGUACCUAUGAUUAAACCAUAAAAUAUACUUUGAGACUGAUGUAGUUUAUGAUUGUUCACAUUGUUGCAUUCAUUCGUCAUGUCUUAAAGUCUUGAAUAUGGUAUUGUUCCACAUGUUAUGCGUCCCAACUUCGGUGCAAAAAUUAUUUCUUACUUUUGGCCGAUUAAAAUAGUACAGGAUAUGAAUCUCUAUUUUAUCAUCCCAAGUUGAUACACUUUAAAACUAACGGAAGCAAACAAUUACUGGAAGAAAUAAUAAUAAAUUAAAUAAUAAAAAUAAGUGGUAUUGAAAAAUAGGCUUAGAGUGAUAUGAUCUUCCUUAUGUGAUGGAUUUCUAGUGUGUCUUAACUGUUUGUUUAGUGAAUUCAGAACAAUUUUGUUGCAAUCAGCUCAUUGAACUCCGACGUUAAUCACUAAAUCUAUAGUUCAUUCAUUCAGUUUAAUUUUUGUGGAUUCGCGACGAGUUUGUCUGAAUUAAGAUGUUAGACAUUCGAAAUUUGUUAUAUGAAGGUACUUAAAAGCCAGAUACUUGUUCUACCUGUUUCAGUUGGUAUGAGACUAAAAGUUUUUUUUGCACGUCCUCAUUUCCCAGUUGGAAUACAUCUAGGAUAUGGAGAUCUCGUUCAGCCGUCCCAUAAUAUGCAGUCGUUCGUGUUGACCACUCGAUACCCUUUUAUAUUUAUAUAUAUGGCCAAAUGCCCUGGUACGGCCGAGAGUGGGGAGAGUCCGCUCUCUCACAUGGCCACGCGUAUAUAGCCUCUGCCGGGGAAGUCCUACUCAUUGCCUUCUCGUGGCGGGGGUGUUGCUUACGAAAUUGGGAGGACGAAAAGCGAACGUCCGGCGCUUUAAUCGGGUUGGUGGAUACGGAGAGUCCACCUAGGGGAUUUGGAAAACCCUGAUUCCAAACCAGUGGUGCACAUGGGCUCCAGUAUCCUAAGAGAACAAAUGGCGUAUGAAUCAAUUGUUGGUCACCGGUUACCAUGGGACUGCAUCUCCUUACGUUGCUCCACUGCCUUGUGGAUCAGACCUUCAGGUCGAAGGCUCCGGGUGUGGCCCCCUAAGAAAACCACCUGCUUCAUUUUGGGCACCCGGGUAGUAUCACAGCCCUCAAACAUAUCAAAUGGGAUCUGUGUGGCGCUUAUGUAUUUGGUGCCUCCUUGUACUAAUAUCUAUGUGUUAAAAUAAAUAAAUAAAUUGACCAAAACCCAUUACCAUGUACGAUAUCAUAACAGCAUAUAUAUUUCUGCUCUAUGAGAACUCGAUCGAGCCCUUUAUAUUCUCCAUAUGAUUUUGUUGGUAACCAGCUUAUCAUGGGUUUAAGUAACCGAAGAUUUUAUGCAAAAUCGCGUUUGGUCCGUGUGAUAGUCGCUCUUAGUAGGGUUAGAUGGUAAUGUCACAUACACUUGAAUAUCAUUUUGUAGAUGGCUUUUUCAAAUUCGCAAAGGUUCUUGAAUUCCUAAAUUAUAUUUUAAACUGAGUGUUGCUUUCAUAUAACGAUGCGGAGGUUGUUUUGGAGAACAAUUGAUUUCCAUAAGGUAAAUGUACAAAUCCUAACUAAGCGUUCAACAGUUGUGUAUGGUGUUCUCUUCAUAUUCAACUUCUCGAAAAAAUGAAUUACUUUACUAAAUCAUCUUUUUUACCAGAUACCAUAGCUAAAUUGAAUUAUCACUCGGAUGUUCAAUGAAUUUGUCCAACAGUCGUCUGAAUCCGAUGGUGAUUGGGAGGUUCGUGAUCCGUUUAAAAGUAUGUCACUAAAAUACGUUAAUAUCUUUAUAAUCACAAACUCUUUACAUUGAUUUAUUUUAGACCUAAAAGAGCAUGAAAUAUACAUAAAAAGAGAGUACUUACUAUGGAUUUCUAUCGUCUAAAUAAUUACCUUAAAUAAUUAAGAUCCAUUAUAGUUAAAUGUCUCAGCAGUUCGUAUUAUGGGUCUCAUGUUAAAUCUAACCAAAUAAUCAUACUUAAAAUGUACCCAAGGAGCCAGAGUUAGCAUUUAAAGACGACUUCAUAUAUCGGUGAACAGUUUCCGGUAAGCCUAAACACACUAUGUUGAACUUCAAUACUAUUUUCAUAGUGUUCCCAUGGGGCCAGGAACGACAGACGCGAACAUUAAACAAUUUUAGCUAGGGUAAACCAGAUUAUACCAGAUGAGUUCAAAGCAGGUCACCUCAUAAUGUUGUAGGCUAAAUCUUUCACUACAAGACUGAAGUUUGGUUUCACUUCUGUCUCUUUAGUUUUGGUUAUGCAGUGAUUAAUCUUUUUUUAUUUAUUUGAACACAUAAAUAUUGGUACAAGGGGGCACCAUAUAUAUAUAUGCACCACACGAGAGAUUAAUCUUAUCGGUAACAUAAAUGCUCAUUAAAUUUUUGAUUAUUUCAAACGCUUCAUAACUUGGCCAUCAUCACUUGAGAAUUUCGUAAAGUGUACUUCACAGUUUGAUGAUAUUAACCUUUAAUUUAUUGGCCAAAAUAACUACUUUAAAAUGGAAACUAGGGCAAAACGGUUAUCUGAGUUAGCUGACAGAACAGCAUCUUCUGCGUCCCCCGUUAUUUUACUGAAGUAAAGUCUAUUUCUUAUAAUCCGACGAAUUAUGAUUGUUCGUCAUACCCAUGUUAGUGGCCUGCUACAUCAAAUUUUAAUGGGAGAUUUUCACUAAAUAUUGCUACUCACAUAUGGUGUAUUCAGUUCACUAGGUUCCCGUGAACUAGGAUUGCAAAAGAUCUAUAAAUACUUUUAUAAAUUCGAACUUAACUUGCUCCUGAUAAGGUGUCUGAAAUGUCAACCAACCUUAGGUCUUUGUUUUUGAAGAUCUGAUGAAGACAAGACAAGCUCACUAGAUAUAAUUGCAACUAACCGUUACAUAGAUGUUAGAACUCUCCGCCACUGAUGAGAGCUCCUAAUAGUUGCUAUUAAUCAGUUACUUGAAAAGUGAACUAAUAAAAUUCACAUAAAAGUUGGUGAAAUGAAACAACUGGAGUCCUAUUUAGGUGCUCAGUUCAUAAUUUUAAGUUUAACAGUUAAGAUAUAAUUAUCUACACAGAAAAUUAGUCGACUAAUAUCAAGAUAGGACAUAUUUGUUAAUGGUUAUCAAAGGACAUACAUCUUCAAAUAACUUGAUAACAUGAAUUAUAUGUAUGAACAGAGUUAUUCUCAACCGUUCAUAUCUUUGUAGUAUUUUCUACUGCAGUUCAAAGUAAACCGUAUUCACCUGUACUUCUACCUAUUUUCAAAUGUAGACUUCAAAUUUACUCGAUAUUUGAAGGAAGAGGUUGUUCAGUCGAUAAGAAAAAAGCAAUAUGAAGAUGGUACGAGCAAAUGUGGUCCAUUUACCAAUCGUGCGUAUACAUUUGUCACAAUUCCUCGAUAUCUAGAAUCGGUAGUUUACCUAAGAUUGAUAAUUUUUCACUGAUUCCCAGUUUUAUAAUUAAGCUUUAUUAUUGUAUGGGAUAUAAUCGUUAACACCGCUGUUGUUUCUACUCCUUUCAUUUUAUUGGUUUCCUCCCUCUAUGUUGAUAUAAAGUAUGACCACAUGAGCCAGUACGCGUUUGUUUCAGGCCUUCCAUUUUUUUUACGACCGACCAUAGAAAACAUUGUGUAUAACCUCAAUGGUUAGAAAAACGACCUUAAGCACGUGUAAGUAUGUGUACUUUUCACUUUUCAAGUUUGUAAAUAUGGGGAUCAUGGAUGUUAAAUACUAAUACAGUAAUCUGCAAAAUGUAUUCGUUGGAGAUACAGGAAACAGAAAUAUUCAAUAAACCUGAGAUUGUUUUUCCAAUUAUCAAAGCUAUAAGCCAUCAAAAACACAGCAGAACGCGACACAGUUUUGUACCGGUUUAUGUCGCUACAUUUUAACAAGAAACUAGUCAUAUGAUGGGAAAUAAUACAAAAUUAAAUUGACUUAGUAUAAGCUACCUCUUUAGAGAAUAAGUAAUUUCUUUUUGGUAACACAAGUUAACUUUAAAAAUUUCUCAACGGUUUAUUAAAAUAACACUACACAUUUCGACGAUUUUUCUUGGCAUAUUUAAUUGUUUACAAUUGAUUGGUCACAGGAUAGCGAUCAAUGUCAUGUGUGUCAGGUCAUUCUUAAUGUAAAUUGAAUUCUAUGGACCAAGUCGCAAUGUAGCCACUAGUCUAGGUGACUCGACAUAACGUGCACUAUGUUGAGAUGAGAUGGUGGUUGGAUGUAAUCGACAGGAAACCCUGGACAGAAUAGCACGAAACCUAGGCCCAAGGUUUCCUGUCAACCACCUCCAAUCACCACAUACAUUUAAUUUUAUUUUCCAAGUUUUAAUAUAUACAUGAAUGAAGAAUAUGCAAAAUGUAAAAUGAUAGCAUUUUUUCAUUAAAAAAUUUAUUUUUAGUGUAGUAAUUUAUAAAAUACUUGUUUUCCCUUUCUUACCACGACUCGUCUAUCAGAAAUGCCUCCAUAAUUGCGUAGUUAACAUUAUUGCUUGUUGACUUCAGAAGUUUGUUUUCUAAGACAUCUAAAUCAGCAAUCAUGAAAUACCAUUAUAUUUAUUUAGUAAAUUACCGUUUUGUUCAGAAUUAAUACCGUAUAUAAUCUAUGAAUUGUGGCUAUACUCGUUACCUUAUCCUGAUUCUAUAAUGAUAAUAAUAAUAAUAAUAAUAAUAAUAAUAAUAAUGUUUGUUUUCCUGAGUUCUUGCCUAUCGUGAUGAAGCAACCGAACUAUACUGGCUGGAACAACCGUUCCUCAAGGUCCUACCAUGCCAGACAGGUCGGUUGAAGAACGAUAAGACUAAAAGCAGCAAACCCAAGGUCCGAAG